AUGGCCGAGGGCAAAAAUGACCCCCAGCAGGGGAUUGAAGUUGCCCCUCAGGACAUUACAGUGCCUGCUGAGGGAAUCGAAGUAGUGCAAAAGCAGCACACUCAAAUUGAGAUGGGAGAGUAUCAGAACAAACAAGAUAUCUCACAUGUCGAAAAGGUUCUCUCGGGCGAUGAUCUUGCAAAGGAUAACAUUGAUAUCAGCCGUGUCGACAAGGAAAUCCAAGCAUAUGCUGCCCACAGUCAGGUCGACAUCGACGAGGAGACUAAUACGCGCCUCAAACGUUUGAUUGAUCGUCGUGUGCUUGUUAUCAUGAUUUGCACAUAUUUCCUACAGGCUCUGGACAAGGGAACGAUGUCAUUCUCGGCUAUUAUGGGGAUUAGGACCGAUACGAAUCUGGAGGAUGGGCAGAAGUACUCAUGGUUGACUACGUGUAUCUACAUCGCUGUUCUCAUCGUCGAAUACCCCACCAAUUGGAUAAUCCAAAGAGUUCCAAUCGGCAAGUACCUGGGCAUCAACAUCUGCCUAUGGGGUAUGAUUCUAGCACUCCAUGCGGCAUGCAAGAACUUCACUGGGCUAGUUAUUGUCCGUACCCUCCUUGGUAUAUUUGAGGCUUGUUGUCAACCUAUUUUUGUGACCCUUUCCUCGAUGUGGUAUAAGCGAGAGGAACAAGCAGCUACCGUAACAUACUGGUACAUGAUGAACGGUGCGCAACAGAUUGUCGGUGGUUUGUUGGCCUACUGUUUCAGCCUUAUUGGAGGAGACAAGGUGCUCAAGUCCUGGCAAGCACUCUUCCUGACAUAUGGAUGUGUUUCUGUUCUCUGGGGACUCUUCGUCAUCUGGUGGAUGCCUGACUCCCCUAUGCGUGCAAAGUGCUUUAGCGAAAACGACAAGCGUCUUAUGGUUGAACGCCUUCGCUCCAAUCAGACGGGUAUUCAGAACAGACAAUUCCAUGCAUACCAGGUGUGGGAGGCGUUCCGUGAUCCUCAGAUGUGGUGCUAUUGCGCUGUUCAAAUGUUCACCACUCUCCCCACCAGCGGUCUCGGAGCAUUCUUUGGUAUCGUUAUCAAGAGUUUCAACUUUACUACGCUGGAAACUCAGUUGCUUGCCAUGGUGCUUGGUGCCUACAUUAUUAUUGUUCUAUUGUCGUCUGCAUGGCUGGUGAACAAGUAUAAGCAGAACACACUCGUGAUGUUGUGCUUCAUCAUUCCGUCUUUCAUCGGAACUAUUGUUCUCAUGACAGUCGAAAACACCACUUUGCCUACCAAGGUUGGCCUUCUUAUUAGUUACUACAUCACGAUGUCAUUCUGGUCUGCCCAAACUCUCACAUUAUCUAUGGUGUCGCGAAAUAUUGCUGGCCAAACCAAGAAGUCUACUGUGGUUGCUGCCACAUUCGUGUCAUGGGCUGCUGGUAACGCAAUUGGCCCUCAAGUGUUUCUUGACACAGAUAAACCACGGUAUCAUAUUGCCUGGAGUGUUCAUCUUGCUUGCUAUGCUUGCAUGGUUUCCGCUGUCAUCUACCUUCGCUUCCACCUCAAGCGUGAGAACGCCAAGAAGGAUAAGCUGGUGGCUGAGGCAGGUCUCAGCACCGCCGAUCCAAACCUCGUUCAUGCAUUCGAGGAUAAGACAGACCGGGAGAACUUGAACUUCCGCUACGUCUACUAG